AUGUCUCUCUCUUUAGUUAGUUUUGAGCCAUCUAUUUAUAACAAUCUUAAAGAUAGUUAUCCAACUAUCGCUGAACUGGUACAAACACAUAAUGAAGGAACAUUAGCAUUUCUCAAAGCUAAUGACGCUUUAUUUCCCUACGUUUUAAAGAAGAGUCUUGAAGUUAAAGAACCAGGUGAUGAUAAUUACAAAACAUGGACAGAAUAUCUCUCUGCUAUAGAAGUUUAUUUGGAAGAUCUUUGUAAUCAAGAUAGUGUAAGACGAUUUAAAGAACAUUUAAGACCCGCAAGAAAAGAACUAGCUAAUGAAAUUCAUCAAAAGCAUUAUGAAAGAUUCCCUCUCUGGCCUCAAGUCGGACAAAUUCAAAACUCUCAUGUUGAGCUUGGAGUAGCUAACAAUUAUUCUAGUACUCCUUAUAUUAUUAUUUGGGCUUGUGUGGGGUGGAUAAAUGUGCAAGAUUCACGUCCAUAUAAAGAUAAAUACAUAGCUGAGUUUAAUGGUAAACCAGAUUUAAAAAUUUUAGCAUUAGAUAAUAGCAAAUUACGCAGAUUAGAGGAACUUUUUAAGUCAGAUAAAAAUAAAGCAUUAGAGCAAGUUAGUAAUCGCGGAAAAUUAACAUGGGAGGAAUUGAAGUAA